AUGGCUUUCCCGACCACAUCAAGGGCCUUCCGCCGCACAUCUGAUGGCAAGAGUAUUGAGCUGAUCUCCGAACCCGUGCCCCAAAAGUUGCAGCCAACACAAGUCCUUCUCAAGAUCCUUGCUGUGUCACUGAACUUUCGGGAUGUGGGUAUGCUACACAAUCGUUAUCCGAUUCCUGUCAUUCCUCAUGGAGUCCCCUGCUCGGAUGCAUCAGCCACCAUCAUCGCAGUGGGUUCUUCGGUCGCAGAAUUCUCCCCAGGUGACUUUGUGGCUCCAACCUUCCGCGAGACGUGCUCAGGAGAGAUCAAAGCGCUCGGAGGCGACGUCGAUGGUGUGCUAAGAGAAUACGCCAUCUUCGACCAGUGCGACAUCACAAGGAUUCCGACCUACCUGGGCUAUGAAGAGGCGUCAACUAUUCCCUGUGCUGGUGUCACGGCAUGGACAGCUCUGGACUUUGAUAAGAAGAAACAAGGAAAAAGCGCCUUGAUGCAAGGAACGGGCGGUGUAAGCAUCUUCGCUACAUUGCUUUGUGUUGCUGCUAGUAUGGCCGCGAUCAUCACUUCUUCCUCCCAUGAGAAGUUGAAGAAGUGUCAAGACUUGGGUCAAGGCGUGCAGGGAAUUAACUAUCGGAUAAAUCAAGACUGGGAUCAAGAGACAAAGAAGUUGACGCAAGGAAAGGGUGUAGACGUUGUCAUCAACAAUGUUGGUGUCACCUCUAUGGAGCAGUGCUUCAAUGCUCUGGCGAGAUAUGGCACAAUCUCACUGGUCGGAUUCUUGGGCGGUGUCGAUGAAGCAAAAAUGCCAGAUUGUUUCACUCCCGUCCUGAUGAAAGCCGCAAAAGUACAGGGCAUAUUCGUCGGUACACGCGAAGAUCAACAAGAUCUUUGUGCGUUCCUAGAGGACAAAACAAUCGACCUCAAGCCUUUGGUAGACAGAGUGUUCAAGUUUGAGGAGUCAGCCGAUGCUUUUGAGUAUCUGUACUCUGGUGCUCAUACUGGCAAGGUUAUCGUCAAAAUCUGA